CGAAAAUGGCAGACGAUCUUUACGAGAAUCCUUCUCAUUUACAAGUCACUCAAAGUUCUCCAACAACGGCAUUAGCACCAACAACUGGUGACACGUCGUACAACUCGAGUGUUUACUUGAUGUCUCUGGUUGACAAACAAAUGGAACAACUUACUGAAAAGGAUAAAAUUAUUCAAACAAAGGACGAGGAAAUUAAAAAUAAAAACGCGAUCAUCGCACAGAAAGACGAAGAGAUUGCUCGUCUUAAAAGUCGCAACAUUAAGUUGGAAAUGGCUGCAAGCACUUCACGUGCUGUCUGGAAUGAAAUUUUGCCAUCUACAUCAAAAGGGACAUCUAAAGAUGCUGGAAAAGCUGAUGAUGGCAAGAACAAACCGGACGUGACUGUUAAGAAAGAUGAGCCAAAGAAGAAAUCUGAUCCUGAGGCAAAGAAGAAGGGGCAAAAAUAA